UGCGAAUGUGAUGUAUGGCUGUGUGUUGUUUUAGCUGUAGCGUUACCGCUUCUAACCUAGAAAAACUUUCCGGCAUUUCGCGCAACGCGAAUCUGCAAAGUACGCGAACUUUGCAACUCAAUUGUUUAAUGAAAAUAACAAAAUGCACUGCCUGUUGCCGGCCAGUGCAAAUACGCAUUUGGAAACGUAACGGACGGUAAUUCGGUAGCGACGACGUCGACGCUCAGAAGAAACAUCAGCAGCAAGAACAGUAACCGCAUCGACGGACUUCACUGUGCCGAAGAAGUGCCGUUCUUCAAGAUGAACGAUGUAUGUGUUACGCGCAGCACGCUGGAACAAUUUUCCGAGUCGGGCGUCCAAAUUGGUGAAAUCGACAUCGGGCAACCAUGUACGGAGUGCGAUUGUCCAAAAGGAUACAAGCCACAUUUAUGGCGGAAGAACUGCACGAAUUGCAAGUGCAGCCGGGAUAGCCAUGAACUCAUUUCGGAACAUGGGGCUCGAUCUAGAUUAGGAUUGACUAGUGUAAAUGGAGGGUUGGAUGCUCGAUCAAUUGGAUAUGCUUUUGUUCCACCUGGAUUAUCUACUGCCCGGCAAGUCGAAAGGUAUUAUUCAGCACUGCCCACGCAUGAGGUGCCACGUUUGGGCACCAUAGGAGACACGUCGAGGUCGCAGCGAAUAGCGCGCCAAUUGCCCAAACAGGACCUGUCGUUAAAUGCGUGCAAAUUUCUUGAGCCAGACUAUAUUUCUAGUUAUCAGGACUUCAUAUCGGCCAGAAAUGAAAUCGCAUUGGACAUUGGCGUUGCAAAGGAUGCACCAGCGAAUUCUCAUUGCACCUCGUGCAGCAAACCCCUACUCAGUCAAAUACCUUGCGUGUCGGCGCCUCGCAUGGGGAGUGCCCAACUCUGGCACCCCGAUUGCUUCAGGUGUACGACGUGUAAGGAUCUGCUUGUUGACCUUGCUUACUGUGUCUAUGAGGACAAUAUUUACUGCGAGCGACAUUAUUCGGAGCAGUUGAAACCUCGAUGUGCAUCAUGCGAUGAGCUUAUUUUCAGUGGCGAAUACACGAAGGCGAUGAACAAGGACUGGCACGGACAACACUUUUGCUGCUGGCAAUGCGAUGAAAGCCUCACCGGCCAACGCUAUGUGCUGCGCGACGAGCACCCGUAUUGCGUGUCCUGUUACGAAUCGGUGUUCGCCAACGGCUGUGAAAAAUGCAAUAAAAUUAUUGGCAUUGAUUCUAAGGAUUUGUCUUACAAAGACAAGCAUUGGCAUGAGGCUUGUUUCUUGUGUACCGCCUGCGGCGAGUCUCUUGUGGACAAGCAAUUCGGGUCUCGAUCGGAUCGCAUCUAUUGUGGACGCUGCUACGAUGAAAAGUUCGCGUCUCGUUGCGAUGGAUGCGGUGAGAUUUUCCGUGCUGGUACCAAGAAGAUGGAGUACAAGACUAGGCAAUGGCACGAGAAGUGCUUCUGCUGCGUCAUGUGCAAGACUCCUAUCGGCACGCAGAGCUUUAUUCCUCGCGAACAGGAGAUCUACUGCGCUAAAUGCUACGAGGAAAAGUAUGCGACGCGUUGUAUUAAGUGUAACAAGGUGAUCACCAGUGGUGGUGUUACCUACAAAAACGAACCCUGGCAUAGGGAUUGCUUCACGUGCACAAACUGCCAGAACAGUUUGGCUGGCGAACGGUUCACCAGCAGGGACGAUAAGCCCUACUGCGCCAAUUGCUUCGGCGAAUUGUUUGCAAAGCGUUGCUUUGCUUGUAGAAAGCCUAUCACAGGCAUCGGCGGCACCAAAUUUAUCUCUUUCGAGGACAGGCACUGGCACAAUGACUGCUUCUUCUGUGCGUCGUGUCGCACCAGCCUUGUUGGUCGAGGCUUUAUUACAGACCAAGAGGAUAUCAUUUGUCCCGAGUGUGCCAAGCAGAAGCUGAUGUAAACCGACCAAAUUGCAAAUGGGUCGGCGCUUACAUUAUGAUAAUCUCAAAGGCCCAUUAAUGAACACAUAAACAUCAACAAACAUACUCGUACUCGCCACACAAUUACUAAUUUAAAACAACAAUCUUCUAGAUGCACACAUUUUCAUGUAAUUAAGUCUCAUAGGUUGAUAUACUCAUCAUGUCAAGGAUUGAUUAUGUUUGACGCGCAUAUCAAUGGAAUAUCACGGCAUAACCCAAUAACUGGAGUAUUUCCCGAUCCAAUUUUGUACACAAAAGUGCUACGUAAAUGCCUUACUUAUCAUAAUCGCUUUUAUAUAAUAUGAAAUGUUAAUCGAGCAAUGGCUUGAACAAUCUGUUUUUAGACAUGAGAACAACAUAUAUCAAUCGUACAUUAUUCUAAAUGAGCAACGUGGCCUUAAUAGACAAAAAAAUAAUCAUAUAUUAUAAAAUAAUAUUUAUAACAAUGUGUUUACAAUGAUUUUUAAGUUCGUUUGAUAUGGUUUGAAUUAAAACAGAAUACUAAGUUGAAAUACUGAACAAGAUACGAACUGUAUACAAUAGAUCAAUGCAAUUGACAAACACAUACAUAACAAUCAUAAAUGAUUAUUUUAAUAAUUUUUAACUUGUAUAAAAUAAACUAUAUACUCCAUAUAUGUUAUUAUAAUAUAAAUAUUAGUGGAAUAUUGUAUUAUAUUAUAUUUGCUUGAAAAGCAUUUAUUAUUGAGCAAACAUUGGUGCUAUAAAACUAGUUAUGUAGUGCUAUUGUAAACGCUGUAAACACAAACUCAACUCUUCACUUCCGACACGACAUACAAGAAUAUUUACUAAAUCAUACACACAGGAGAAAAAACUACAAAUAUGAUGGUCAAACACAUUCUAAAACAAUACACAUGCUUUUCGAACUGUGGGCAGACUCGAAAUAGGAGAACAUUAUUACAUUAAUCGAAUUAAUCAAUUAAUUUAAAUUAACUUAUAUACAUACGUGUGUAAAGAGAAUUCAAUCAAACUAAUGGAUUGUUAAUUGUUUACUGUUAUGCUUUUUUAAAGUUUUUAUGUAUAUGAUACAGGGCGUGCUUUGCUUCAAGUUAGAAACAUGUUAUAUUAUUAAAUAUUUAAUUAUUCAUGAUUGAUGCUGGACGAUAAGCAUCAAACAAAAAAUGAAGAACGAAAUUAUUAAUAAAAUCAUAUUCAUUGAUUCACA